UUGUAAUGGUAUGUCAAAAGAAUCAGUACUAGCUUCGUUCAGUUUUUUCUCAAAACCAUGAACCCUAAUCUUCCUCUUAGCCACGCCCCAUCAUCGUCAUCAUCAACAACAAUAACACCAUAUGCAUUAACGAAGGACGAGUUUUCAACUCUAGAUCCAAUUAUCAGAACGCACCACACGCUCCCAAGAUCGCCAAACACGUGCACAUCCCUCAUAGCCCACCGCGUAGACACACCAGCACGUACCAUAUGGAGAUUCGUCCGAGACUUCGCGAAUCCAAACAAGUACAAACACUUUAUCAAAAGCUGCACCAUCAGAGGUAACGGUAAAGAAAUUAGCGUCGGGACCAUAAGGGAAGUUAGCGUCGUGUCUGGUCUUCCAGCGUCAACAAGCAUUGAGAUACUAGAAGCUCUAGAUGAAGAGAAACGAAUUUUGAGUUUUCGUGUUCUUGGAGGAGAACACCGGUUAAGAAAUUACCGGUCGGUUACAUCUGUUAAUGAGUUUGUUGUCUUGGAGAACGAUAAGGUCAAGAGAGUGUACAGUGUGGUGUUGGAGUCUUACAUUGUUGAUAUACCAAAAGGUAAUACAGAGGAAGAUACGAGGAUGUUUGUGGAUACUGUCGUUAAAUCGAAUUUACAGAAUCUCGCCGUCGUUUCCAUGGCAACUCCGACUUGAAACUUUUUUUGUGUGUUGAAAAUGUCGUGUGUAUAUAUAUUGAUAGUUGGCCAUAAAUGGGUCGGUUUGUUCAAUGUGUAUGUGUGGAAUGUGAGGUGAGGUGAGGUGAGGUGUGUAUACGUAUUUUAUGGACUGUAAUGGGCUUAGUAACCCUCACAAGGAGAGCUCUGAGAAGAUUCGACCCAACAAACUAUAAUACAAUUUUCAGCGGAUGUCCAAAUUAAUGCAAGGGUAUUGGAAUUAUCCUUCGGUUACUGUUUGUUUCCUUCAUUUUCAUUUUUGUCAAGUACUAACCAAUAUAGUUUUGAUGGAAGUUUAGUUCUUUUAAUCUUGAAAAUUGGAAGCAAUACGGAUUCAAUU